AUGUCAACCCUACCAAACUUAGUUCGGAGUCAAUUCAAGGCUGCUCAAGGAGCUGGAGACUUGACAUUCUAUUCCACGCAAGUCGCUAUUCUGAUCUGCAAUGGUUUUACCUUCCAACUUCGUUUCUCUCCCAGCCUGGCAAAUAAGCCCAAGUCCGCGAAGAAAAGUACUUCCAAGCCUUUCGACCCUUUCGAGACUCCUCAAAGGGGCCUUUUUGUCACGAAUAUCGGGCUAUCUCAUUAUUUAGUACUCAACAAAUUUCCUGUAAUUCCUGAUCAUUUUAUCCUCGCCACGACGAAGUUCAAGGAGCAGACUGAUCUGCUUGAAGAGGAUGAUAUCGAAGCCACAUAUAAAUGCAUCAAAGGGUACAGAGAGGCUGGGGAGGAAUUGUUCGGAUUUUUUAAUUCGGGAGAACAUUCGGGUGCGUCACAGAGACACAGGCACAUACAGUUCCUUCCAGUUCAAUCUAUGCGCAGCGGGAUAGAGGAAAGUUCAGAAUGGACAGUUUUAGCGGACACACUCCUCCAAAAAACAGGCCUACCCUUCCAAUAUUUUGCAUCUCCAGUAUCACCAUCUCCGAGUUCUAGCCAACUCCACAGCCUGUAUACCUCAAUGUAUCACCAAGCUCGUGAAUUGAUGACAACUCUACCAGUUAGAUCGGGUGAUACGCAUGCCAGCUCUCCAGAAAACAAUGAAUCGUCGACCAUAAGCUACAAUAUGGCAUUUACUGAAAACGCUAUGAUAUUAUGUCCACGACUCUCAGAAGGACCGCAAAUUGCAAGCGCCACUGGCGAAUUAAUCGGGCCUAUCGCACUCAAUGGCACUAUUCUUGGAGGUACUCUUUUGGUCAAGACUGAAGAGGAGUGGCAGAGUUUGCGAGAUAAUCCCUUGAGAUUGAAAGAUGUUUUGGGUGCAAUAGGUUUCCCGUCGCGUGAGAGUGAAAAGAAUCAGCGAUUAUAA